ACACUGCUGCUCUUGAACGCCUCUCUGCUGGUGUGUAAACAGUAAUGGCGGCGUGUGUCGCGCGCGCUUGCUGCUUGUUCGCUUUCUUCAUGAAGACCCGCUAGCUAACGGAGGGGACGUUCGGCUGCUGCCGCUCCGCCUGACUCACUGCUCCGUCUUCCAGCUCUGCCUGAGUCCUGAGGAUGAAGAUCGCCGUGCUCGGAGCCACCGGGCAGACCGGACAGUUCCUGAUCAAACAGGCGCUGGAACAAGGUCACACCGUCACCGCCAUCGUCAGGAACCCGGCCAAGCUCGCCGUGCACAAUGACAAUCUGAAGGUGGUGAAGGCGGAUAUUUUCGCCGCCGAAAGCCUCAAGGAUCAUUUCAAAGACCAGGAUGUGGUCAUGUCCUGCCUCGGUUUCCCCGCCUCCUUCUUCUCCGGGGUGACGGGCUACACCAUGUCUAUGGCCGCGGUGGUCAGCGCCAUGCGAGAGGCCCGUGUCAGCCGCCUCAUCGCCAUGACCUCCUGGUACACGGAGCCAAACUCUGGGACCCAGUCGUCGUACCUGAUCCGGUUCCUCCUGCUGCCCAUGAUCAGAAGCGUCCUCAGCAACAUGUACGAGAUGGAGCAGUCGCUGGCAAAGACCCAGGACAUCAACUGGACCGUGGUCCGGCCUCCCGGCCUCAAGAACCUGCCUGCUACAGCUCAGGAGUUUCUGACCCACGAGGGAUACUUUGUGCCCGAAAGCAACAACCAGCCCCCCCGCAGUGCCGUCGGGAGGGGAGACGUGGCGCGCUUCAUGCUGUCUCUGCUGAACAGCAACGCCUGGGUGAAGAAGGGAGUCGCCAUCACCACCAAAUGAAACGAUGAAGGAGAAACCCCCAUCAGAUCGGACUUUACUAACCUGCAGAACCAGCGUGGAAAAAAGCAACAUUUUCAGGUGUUUUGUGAGAAUCCUUUGACUUCAAUAUUUUGCUGCAUAACAUUUUUUUUAAAUACAUGUUUAAACAAAAGUAAUACAUACAUUUAAGUAAAAACCACACAAAUCAGCGCAAAUUUUAAAGUGAAAUUCUUGCAAAGCUGAAAAACACAGCGACACGCCUUAUACACUCUGAUGAAUGUACCUUUUUCUUUUGAUAAAAAAACAUUUAUUAGAUCCUAACAGGCUGAAAUGUCCUUAUGUACUCUGUUUACUGUUUAACAUGCACGUGCCAUCGUACUCUGUGGUUGCAGUAAACGCUUCUGUCCACAUGGGGGCAGUGUUCUGUUAUUUAAAACUGAUUUUCUCCUCUGUGAUGUUUUUCUGUGAGGUCACCUAAAGAGAAAAAAAGAAUGUUGUGACGUGUAGAAUGUGUCCACGCAAAAUAAUAAAAGCAUAAGAGUUAUGAGUUAUAUAAUUAUCAGAGGGGGGGGAAAGCAAAACUAGACUUAAAAACCAAACAAACACAUUUCUUUGUCUCUGAAUAAAUCAUUUUGAUAAGUGAGUCUUACCAAAUACGAAGCCCAUUGAGAUGAAGGUGGCUGUGAUUUUGGGUGAUAUGAAUAAAAUUGAAUUGAAAUGAGUC